UAUCAAGGCUCAAGGGUGGGGAGGAAUAAGGGAUGACGAGGGGGUGAAAAGGACAAGGUUAUCCUGUACGUGAAGACCAUGGUGGGACUGCAUGCGUGGCUGGUGGGGGGCUGUAAGGAGGAGGAAGGACAGGGCUAUGGAGGGAAUGGUGAAUGAGGCGGAGCAGAAAGAGAGGGGAGUAGGUGGGGGAGGCGCUCAGGAGCAGGGUGAGUUUGUAACACAUCAGUCCCCUGGCAGACGAAGACGGAGAAAAGGCAGUGAGCAGGUUUUUUUCUCCUGGGACUAACAACACGAGCGAACAUGACACUCAUGGGAGACUAACCCGAAGCAGGAAAACACCGUACCAUCGUUAGUCUCCUGAGGAACACAAAGCAGUCACAUGAAAACCAAGUCAGCUCCGACCACGAACAUGGCUCAGUGGGAGAGGUGUUCUGCUCCCCAAAUCCUAGCUCUGGUGCUGGGCCUGCUGCUUGUUGUAGAGGCCCAGGGCCAGAAUGACACAGAGCCUAUCGUCCUGGAGGGCAAGUGCCUGGUGGUGUGUGACUCCACACCGUCGUCAGAGCCAGCAGGCAAUGCACUAGGCAUGUCUGUGCGCUCUGGGACUGGACGCGUAGCCUUCUCCGUCACCCGGCAGACAAAUCACGAGCCGACCGACAUGAGCAACCGCACCAUGAUCAUCUAUUUCGACCAGAUUCUCGUGAAUGUGGGAGGUCACUUUGAUCAAGAGAGCAGUGUCUUCCUGGCCCCAAGAAGAGGGGUCUAUAGUUUCAGUUUUCAUGUGGUCAAGGCCUACAACAGACAGACGAUACAAGUGAGUCUGAUGCUGAAUGGAUGGCCAAUGAUCUCUGCCUUCGCCGGUGACCAAGAUGUGACCCGAGAGGCAGCUACCAACGCAGGCUUGGUCAUCAUGGAGAGGGGUGACAAGGCCUACCUCAAGCUGGAGAGGGGAAACCUGAUGGGUGGCUGGAAGUACUCCACCUUCUCUGGCUUCCUGGUCUUCCCCCUUUAAAUGGAGAAAGGAUGGGCAGAGUGGGGCAGAGUGGGGCAAAGAGAGGUGGUGUGGGGCUAAGGCAGUCAUGGUAAUGACAAUUGUACUCUCAGACUUAGUGGGGGAAAUAAGGACAUUCCAUUUGCAUAAUGCCACAAAAAAGAGUCUUGGUAGAUGGAGAACGGAAAGCUUAAAGAAAUGAGAGAUGAAAUAUAGAAAUACAUAGACAAAUAUGAACACGUGAGAAAGGUCAAUAGGGCUGGGAUGAUGGGUGGUAUUUCUGGGACAGAAAGAAAGAAGACAAUAUAUUGUAUGUGUACAAUACUCUAGCUAUUUUAUAAUGUGGUGUUCAAACACAUUAAAAUGUUGAAUGUAUACACUGGAAUUUAAAAAGCUUACAACAACCUAACUAAAUUUAUCAUUGAAGUAUAUAUAUGAUUGUUUCUAAUCUUUUCUAUUUGCAGAAAUUAAAGGAAAAGCAUAGAAGGGAAAUUUUGCUAGUUGAACAGGGUGACCAAUUUCUAUCUAAAACUGGGCUGCUACGCUGGCCAGUCUUUCCCAGAUUAACCCUUUGGAUCCGCCAGAUGUCAUGACGAGAUACUCAGUAACUGGCAUUUACUGCUUUUAACUUCUGCUUUUGAGAAAAUUCAUCAUGUUUGGAAUGUUAUUGUAUAAUAUUAAGUGAAAAAUUAUUGAGGUCCAGUGCAAUUUGUGUGCUAUUUUUUGGGAUCCCAUCCUGAACAAGAUUCUUUUCUUGCAAAUUAGGGAAAGAUCCUUUCAUGUCUGCUUUAGUUUUGCGUCUAACAAAGUUUCAUAUAUGCCUGUAAUUCCUGUGGGGGGACUGGAAGUUGACUGACAAUAAACUGAUCAUAUUAUUGUAAUCAAAA